AUGGAGGCCGGCUGCCUGGGGGCGGGGCUACGACGGGGCGGGGCCUCCCAGGUCUGUGAGACCCGGUCCUCCAAGCGCAUCUCAAAGCUAGCCUAUCACCGGGGUGUGGUCAUCGUGACCUGCCCGGGCUGCCAGAACCACCACAUCAUCGCCGACAACUUGGGCUGGUUCUCUGACCUGGACGGGAAGAGGAACAUUGAAGAGAUCCUGGCAGCCAAAGGGGAGAAAGUACGCCGGGUGGCUGGCGAAGGAGCUCUGGAACUGACUUUGGAGCCUGGGGGGGCUCCAAGCUCCCCCACUGCCCCAGAAGAGGGUGAAGGUGAGGAUCCUGCCCACCCCAGCCAGACAGAGCAGAGAUGACUUGUGUGGUGCUUGCCUGUGGACUCCUGCCUUCCACAAAAUGCUUCCAUCAGUCCCGGCCUCUCAGACUCUGCCUGCUUCUUGUCAGUAAACAAACGUCACCUUCA